AAAUAGGACUAGGUGAAGAGUUAUUGUAGAAGGAAAGUGUAGAAAAAUAUAGGAAGGAGAUGAGAUGACCACUAUUUCUCUGCUGAAUGUCUUCCCCACCACCAACAACAACUUCAGCAAACCUAAUCAUAAUAAAAAACAACUUCUCUUCAACUCCAAUUUCCUCAGCAGCAGCAGCAGAGCUUCUUCUUCCUUCAAUUGCCGUUCCACAAAAAAUGAACAUACUUCGGAGGGAUUUUCAGUCCUCAAAACAAACACUCAAGGUGACAUUGGAAGUGUAUGGAGUUCGAUGGGAUUUUAUAUGUUCAGCAUCCACAUUCCUUUGAGUUUUGGUGGUUUAUCUGCUGCUGCCAAUAUAUUGCAUCAACCUGUUCUCGAUCCACAGACUGAGGCACUGUUAAUACUUGGAAUUCAAAUAUUGGAGCUUAUCAUUGUUCUGCUGCUUCUAAAGUAUCCACAGGAGCCUCGGUAUAAUCUGUCAGAUUUCUUUAAUGCUAACAAAGAGAGGAGUGGGUUACUAGCAUCAGUGCUUGGUUUUGGUUUUCUUCUUUCAUUGGUUUUUGCUGCUUCGUAUUUUGCUGACAGUUUGAUGGGGCCCAAGGACGUUAACAAUCCGUUUCUAAAGGAAAUAAUUUCGAGUGGGUCAAGCUCCACAGCAGCCUGCGUUCUCGUCUAUUGCUUUGUGACUCCGUUUCUGGAAGAAGUUGUAUAUCGAGGAUUUCUUCUAACUUCUCUUUGCUCCAAAAUGAAAUGGCAGAAAGCAGUUAUAAUCAGUUCAAUUGCUUUCAGUGCAGCUCACUUCUCUGCUGAUAAUUUCAUACAACUUUUCAUUGUCGGGUUUGUUCUUGGUUGCUCUUAUUGUUGGACAGGUAACCUAACUACAUCUUUAGCCAUACACUCCCUCUACAAUGCUCUCGUAUUGUUUUCCACAUUUGUAUCUUAAGUGUUUGUUUCAACAUUUUGGAAUUGGUCUGAAUUUUUUUUUUUGGGUCGAUCCGAAAUUAUUGGACUAAUCGACUACCAAUUAAGACCUGACUAUUUAAUUACACACCCCUCUAUUGGGAUGGUAAAUAUUUAUGAGAACAUUGAGUGUGAAUCAAACUCAUGUUUGAAUUGAGACUAUUUUCCAGUGAAAAUGAUGUCUACGAACUGAGGCUACCGUUGUACGGUGAUUUUC